GAAAACAAUCACGUGCUCACUUUCCGACAAGAUGGCCGAUUAUCACCGUCCCGACUCGAAAACCGUGCAAACUUUAAAAGACAUAGCUAACAAGCUACGUAUUCAUUCUAUUGAAUCAACGAACGCUAGUAAUUCGGGACAUCCAACAUCAUGCUGUUCUAUGGCCGAAAUUAUGUCUGUCCUCUUUUUCCAUACAAUGAAGUACCGAGUAGAUGAUCCCCGCAGUCCGUCUAAUGACAGAUUUGUAUUGUCUAAAGGUCACGCUGCCCCAAUCUUGUAUGGUGCUUGGGCUGAAGCUGGCCUUUUCCCAACUUCAGAUCUCUUGAACUUGAGAAAGAUCGACUCUGAUUUGGAAGGUCAUCCUACUCCUCGUUUGAAUUUCGUUGAUGUCGCAACAGGAUCACUGGGUCAAGGAUUGUCUUGUGCUGCCGGCAUGGCAUACACAGGAAAGUACUGGGAUAAGGCCGAUUAUCGCGUUUAUUGUGUCAUCGGUGAUGGAGAGAGUGCUGAAGGUUCGAUUUGGGAGGCCUUGGCUUUCGCAAGCAAUAAUAAAUUGGACAACUUGGUUGCUAUCUUUGAUGUUAAUAGACUUGGUCAAAGUGAAGCUACGGCCUUUGGACAUGACGUAGCAGUCUACCAAAGACGAUUAGAAAGCUUUGGAUGGAAAACUCAUGUUGUUGAUGGACAUUGCGUUGAAUCCUUAUGUAAGGCUUUGCAUGAGGCUCGUACUACAGAGGAUAAACCAACUUGUAUCAUCGCUAAAACCCUUAAAGGCAAGGGAAUAAAUGGUAUUGAAGAUGAAGACAACUGGCAUGGCAAACCAAUCGGUGCAAAAAGUGCAGAAGCACUAGAGGUUAUCAAAAAGAAUAUCAUCAAUUCUGGACCUCACGGUAUUUAUCCUGCUACACCAACUAUGCAAGUUCCUCACAAUGACAUAAGCAACAUUAGGCUAUCUGAUAGUCCCAACUAUGAGAUCGGGCAAAAAGUUGCCACUAGAGCUGCCUAUGGAACAGCUUUGGCUAAGAUCGGCAAAAACUCUAAACACGUUGUUGCCCUGGAUGGUGAUACUAAGAAUUCAACCUUCUCUCUGAAGUUUCGAGAAGCUUUUCCAGAACGAUUUAUUGAAUGCUACAUUGCUGAACAAAAUCUCGUCGGUGUAGCCAUGGGUUGCGCUACUCGCGACAGAACAGUUGCUUUUGUUUCUACUUUUGCAGCUUUCCUCUCCAGAGCUUACGAUCAAAUCAGAAUGGGAGCUCUCUCUAUGACAAAUGUUAACUUUGCCGGCUCUCAUGCUGGUAUCUCAAUCGGAGAAGAUGGACCUUCUCAGAUGGCUUUAGAAGACUUGGCUAUGUUUAGAGCAGUUUCCGGUUCGACUGUUUUCUAUCCUAGCGAUGCUGUUUCAACUGAGAGAGCUGUUGAAUUGGCUGCAAAUACAAAGGGUAUUUGCUUUAUUAGAACUAGCCGACCAAACUUUCCUGUCUUAUACAAAAAUGAUGAAACAUUCGAAGUUGGAAAAGCAAAGAUCGUUCGUCAAUCAAAUAUUGAUCAAGUAACAAUCGUCGCAUCGGGAGUAACUAUGGUCGAGGCAGUGAAGGCUGCUGAUCAGCUUGCAGCCAAUGGAAUUAAUGUCAGAUUAGUGGAUCCAUUUACUAUUAAGCCAAUCGAUAAGCAAACUCUUGCUGAUUGCGCAAAGUCUACUGGAGGAAAAGUCCUCACCGUUGAAGACCAUUACCCUCAAGGAGGUAUUGGAGAAGCCGUUUCGGCUGCUUUGUCUGAAGAAAAAGAUGUUGUUGUUAAGAUCUUGGCAGUAACAGGCCUACCAAGAUCAGGAAAGGCUGAUGAACUUCUGGACAAGUUUGGAAUUUCUGCCAGAUGUAUUGUUGAUGGGGUCACAGGCUUAAUUAAACUAUAA